AUGCGCGGGCGCGAAACAGAUUCUCACUCACCAGAGCGAGCGACUAAAAGACGGCGCAUUUCCACCUCUCUCGAAAGAGAGGUUUUUGACGAACUAAUGGAUCUCUCAAACCCCACCAUCCACCUUACACCUCUCGAAAGCACCCUGCGAACCCUCCUUCUCGAUGUCGCAACAUACAUUCAACAGGAGGGCAUUACCGAAGAAGGCAGCAAUGUGAAGAAGCAUCCGGAGACCGUCCUGCGAUUCACAGGCGGCUGGGUGCGCGACAAGCUGCUCGGUGUGGACAGCCAUGACAUUGAUGUGGGGAUCAGUAGCAUGACGGGGUACCAGUUCGGAAUGGCCCUGAAGGAUUACUUGGAUGUCCCCGAGAACUUGGAGAAGUACAAGAAGAGUCUUCCUAGUGAAGAAAUGAGCGACGCAAUUGUCAGCCUGCACAAGAUCGACGCCAACCCGGAGAAGUCGAAGCACCUGGAGACCGUCACCACGAAGAUUUUCGGCUUGGAUAUUGAUUUGGUCAACCUGCGCAAAGAAACAUACUCGGAGGAUAGCCGCAACCCACAAAUGGAGUUUGGCACCGCUGAAGAGGAUGCUUUGCGACGAGAUGCCACCAUAAAUGCUCUUUUCUACAACCUGAAUGAGUCGAAACUGGAAGAUCUCACCAAGCGCGGGCUGGAUGAUAUGAAGAAGCACAUUAUUCGAACCCCGCUUGAACCAUACCAAACCUUCAAGGAUGACCCGCUCCGCGUACUGCGGUUAAUUCGGUUCGCGAGUAGGCUGGGGUACCAAAUCGACCCAGAAACGGAAUCGGCGAUGCAGAACGAGGACAUCAGCGUUGCGCUGAAACUCAAGAUUAGCAAAGAGCGGGUAUUGGCAGAGCUGGAGAAGAUGCUCCACGGUCCUGAUCCGCAUGGAGCUUUGCAAUUCAUCGAUCGACUCGGCCUAUACCCCACAAUCUUUGCCAACCACCAAGACAAAGUCACCGCCGAUACAUCAACUUGGCCUCUCGCCUACAAUGCGCUGGCGCGAUUGUUGCAACCCGAAUCCAACGAGGCUGCCUUGGAGCGUGUUCGCAACAUCCUCUUGCGUGACAAGUCUUGCCAUUACAAUGCCUGGAUGAUUGCGGCAUUCGCCCCGUGGACUUCAGUACCUGCUCGAGGGACAAGUACUGAAAAGAGACCUCCGCCCACACGCCCCGUCGAAGUUGGCAGGGACAGUCUUAAAGCCGAUAAUAAAACCCUGUUCAUACUCCGUGAUGCAACCCUGCAUUUCCGGGACAUCAUCGAGUGUAAGAACUCAUUGCUUGGAAACACUAUCCAGGCAACUCCUGCCGAAAUCCGGCAACAGAUCGGGCUCCGGAUUCGAUCCUGGGGCAAGGAAUGGAGACUCUGUGUCGUUUUGGCCAUACUUCAAGAGGUCAUGGGAGGACGCGAUCUCACUGACGUGGCCCAAGAAUAUGACCAAUUCCUAGCAUACGUAGUAGAGAAAGACUUAGAUAAUGUCUGCGAACUCAAGCCCAUAGUAAAUGGUGGUGAAAUCAUGCAGCAUCUGGGAGCGAAAAAGGGACCCUGGAUGAGCAGAGCGACCAGUCUUGUGCUGGAAUGGCAGCUGUUGCAUCCUGAAAUCACCGACAAAUCGGUGGUGCUGGAGGAGAUUUCGGCACGCCGGGCAGAGUUGGGGUUGUGA